CAUCUCCGUCGCCAAACUGGGGUACCACGACGCCAACCACGGAUUUGGCAACCAUGGCAACUCCUGUCGCAGCCGCUACUGAGGCAGUAGCCCAACAAGUACCGCGCCGAUUCGGCACCAAGCAGAUUUUCCUGCCGAACCAUGUCAUUGCCUUCAUCCGCCCCAAGCCGAAGCAACCGCCAAACCUAGCGACAUUUGCCGUGCCGCUGCAGUUCAACAAGCUCGACCUGCGCGACUACCUGUAUCAUGUCUACAACGUCGAGGUGACUUCGGUGCGCUCAUUCGUCAACCAGCCCUUGCCGAGACGGAAGUUCCAAACCACUGGGAAAUGGUACCGACCACGCUCGAAGAAGAUGAUGAUUGCCGAGCUUGUGAAGCCGUUUGUCUGGCCAGACCCUCCCAAGCAUGAGGAUCUGAAGGAGUUCGACAUCGACGUGUUCGAGACUCUAGACAAGGAGAGAUCGGAUCACCUGGACUUCCAGAGAGAUCCGACCAAGAUUCCCCUGCGAACCAAGACUCCGACACCCAUUGAUCGUCGGGCGCUGAGGAAGGAUGCUGCCAAGAUUCUGGAAACAGGGGAGUGGUCGAGUGGGAGACUGGACGACGGCGAGUGGACGGAGGUGGAGAAGGACGUAAAGAUCUAAAUCGGUGAGGAGGACGUAAGGAUUCAGGUUCAGAGAGAAAAAUGUUGGAAUCUGUGAGCAGGCGAUGAAACAAAACGGACUGGUGGUUGGGGGAAGCUCCCAGAGCGGCACUGUCACGAUAGAAGUCAUGGCGCGAUAAACGAGGCGGCGCCGUGGGAUGUAUUAUAUACCAUGCUCUAGACACGCAACAAAAGCCGUAAAUGUAGGACUAUUACAAUC